AUCUACAAUGAAUAUAUCAAGGACCUGUUCCCGGGUUCUUCACUAUCAUUAAACCAUUUUAGAUAGAGAGAGAAAGGUCCAGCAAUUAGGCUGAACUGAAAAAUGGGAGAGGAAAGAUAUUUACCACUGUUUGAGACAACGAGAGCAAAUGGAAGAGUCCUAUACAGGUUAUUUGCAGUGUCUGUUUUUGUUGGUAUAUGUUUGAUAUGGGUAUAUAGAGUGACUCACAUACCGAAAGCUUGUGAAGAUGGAAGAUUUGGUUGGAUGUGUUUGUUCGCUGCUGAGUUAUGGUUCAGCUUUUACUGGGUCGUCACUCAAGCCACUCGGUGGAGCCGCAUCUACAGACACACCUUCAAGGAUAGGCUUUCUCAAAGAUAUGAGAAAGAACUGCCGGGGGUGGACAUAUUUGUGUGCACGGCGGAUCCAAUCAUAGAGCCACCGAUGAUGGUGAUGAACACCGUUUUGUCGGUCCUGGCUUACGACUACCCACCGGAGAAGCUCAGCGUGUAUCUCUCCGACGAUGGUGGCUCAGAACUAACAUACUAUGCUCUACUAGAAGCUGCUGAGUUUGCUAAGCACUGGAUACCACAUUGCAAGAAGUACAGUGUGGAACCAAGGUCGCCGGCUGCUUAUUUCAUUUCAACAGCUUCUGAUGCGGUUGGUGAUCAAAGUCAGAAUCAGAAUCGAGCUGGUGAUGUGGCUCUCAUUAAGAAAUUAUACGAGAACAUGGAGAAUAAAAUUGAAAAUGCAGUGAAGCUAGGCCGCAUUUCAGAAGAAGUACGAUCAAAACAUAAAGGUUUUUCUCAGUGGAACUCAUAUUCAUCAAAGCUAGACCAUGAUACCAUUCUUCAAAUAGUAGUUGAUGGGAGAAACCCAAAUGCAAGAGAUGUUGAAGGAUGUAUGUUGCCAACUUUGGUGUAUUUGGCUCGGGAGAAGAGACCCCAGUACCACCAUAACUUCAAAGCUGGCGCUAUGAAUGCACUGAUUAGGGUAUCAUCGAGCAUUAGCAAUGGGAAGUUACUUCUUAAUGUAGAUUGUGAUAUGUAUUCGAACAACUCCAUGGCCAUAAGGGAUGCACUUUGCUUCUUUAUGGAUGAAGAACAAGGCCAUGAGAUCGCAUAUGUACAGUUCCCACAGAAUUUCGACAACCUUACUAAGAAUGAAUUAUACGCUUCAUUAAAAGUAAUUAACGAGGUGGAAGCCCAUGGUCUGGAUAAUUAUUGGGGGACAUUAUAUAUUGGAAGUGGAUGCUUUCACAGAAGAGAAGUUCUUUGUGGCAAUAUAUUCAGCAAGCGUUGUAGGAGUGAAAUGAAAUGGGAGGGUAAAAAAGGAGAAGAAAUUGCCAUUCAUGACUUGGAAGAAACUUCAAAGAGUCUUGCAAGUUGUGCAUUUGAAGAGAACACUCAAUGGGGAAAAGAGAUGGGUUUGAAAUAUGGGUGCCCGGUUGAAGAUGUGAUAACGGGGUUAUCGAUCCAAUGCCGAGGAUGGAAAUCAGUGUAUUGCAAUCCAACAAGGAAAGCUUUCUUAGGAUUAAAUGCAACCACAUUGCUUCAGAUACUUGUGCAGCAUAAGAGAUGGUCUGAAGGUAACCUCCAGAUUAUGCUUUCAAAGUACAGUGCUGUAUGGUUUGGGCAUGGAAAGAUUAGUUUAGGCCAUCAACUUGGAUACCUUCGCUACAACUUAUGGGCUGCUAACUGCUGGGCAACACUAAUUUACUCGAUUCUCCCUUCACUUUACCUCCUUAGAGGCACAUCCUUAUUUCCUCAGAUUUCAAGCCGAUGGAUCAUACCAUUUGCAUAUGUUAUAAUUGCUAAGAACAUUGGGAGCUUUCUGGAGUAUAUGUGGUGUGGAGGCACAAUGUUAGGUUGGUGGAACGACCAACGUAUAUGGCUUUACCAGAGAAUAACCUCAUACCUAUUUGCCUUCAUCGACACCAUUGUACACUACCUUGGAUACACAGAUUCAGCAUUUGUAAUAACAGCCAAGGUGGCCGAUGCAGAUGUGUCCGAACGGUAUAAGAAAGAGAUCAUGGAAUUUGGCGGAUCGUGUCCAAUGUUUACCAUACUGGCAACACUAGCAUUGCUCAACUUGUACUGCUUUGCCGGGUUUGUGCAGGCAGCAGUCGCUGGAACAAUUGGCUUUGCAGAAGUUUAUGAGACAAUGUGCUUGCAGAUUCUUCUAUGUGGGGUUUUGAUUGUCAUUAACCUACCGUUGUACGAAGCCCUAUACCUAAGGAAGGACAAGGGGAAGCUGCCAAGCUCUGUAGCAGUUAAGUCAAUGGCAUUUGCUGGAUUUGCUUGUAUAUGUUCUAAAUUUAUAUACUAAAACAUGAGGAAAUGGUUUAGACUGAUAAAUGUAGAAAAGCAGCUCAAUUUGUCAUUGAUUGUGCGUAUUUGCAUUAUGCGCAAUAUAUAAGAUCAUAAGAGAGCUGCGAUAUAAAUGAUCGUUGUAAUCAGGCUUUAGUUGCAACAAAUGAACUAUGCUGUAAUAAAGAAGUAUUUAAUUUGUAUCUAAAUUCAAGGCAUAGUUCUAAUUCCAUUCAUUGGUAGAGCUU